UUGCAGAACAACAAUUUGAAUUAUUUACAAUAAAUAUACUAACAGUAAUAAUUACAGAAAUAAUUACAGCAACACCAACUACAAUAAUUGAAACUAUAAUUGAAACUCAAGUAGUAAUUCAAACUAAAAUACCAAACUACUUUAAUGAUACUACCAUUAUAAACCAAGAAAUAAUAACAGUAAUAGCAACUACAAUAAUUGCUAGAGUAAUAAUAUUUGUAAAAUAUCAAGCUAGAAUUAAAAAGAAAACCAAUAUCGCAGAUAACUAUAUCAACAAUACACUUCAACAAGAGGAAAUU